ACAAAUUCAAAUUAAACAAUUAUGAAAAAAAGAAAAAUGAAAAAGAUAAUGCAGAGUGCCGAUAUGAAUGCAUAUUCCGCCAUCACAACAACGCGCGCGCACGGAAGCUGAUCGACAAUGGACCGCGCUGCACCACUUUCGUCAAGGCAGAGGAGAGUCCUGGUGCAGCUAGUGGAGGAAAGGCCUGUCCUUCAAGAUAGGUCAACCAGCACUGCGGUCCAGCACAAGAAGAACUUGGCGUGGGAUGAGAUCGCCAAAAACUUCAACGCCAUGCACCCUGAUCUGGAGCCGCGAUCAGUUCAACAAUUGAAAAGAAGUUUCAACCGCAUCAAAUUGAAUGUGAAAAAGGAAGAGAGAGCCUACAAGCUGAAGGUGAAGAGGACUGGUGGUGCCCCUCCUCCAUCACCUCCCAAGUUUACAGAAGAACAUGAGACUGUUGCCUCCAUGAUCUCUGGAGAACUCAACAUGGGCGAGGAUGUCUUUGACACUCUUGCCAUUCAAGAUGGGCAUCCAGUGGAUGAGGCAGGCACUCCCAUCAUGGAUGUUACUUUCACUGUGAGUGGAAAACUGCCACCGACAGAGGUCCCCUCUGCUACUUCUGCCGCUGAAUGUGCUGAAGCACCUGCACCUCCUAGUGCUUCUACAUCUUUCCAGCCAGAAGCUUCAUCCUCUGCAUCCACUGCACCAUCACUAACUACAUUUACAUGUAAUGUGGCCUCCUCUUCUUCUGGUGCCCCACGGCAGAGGAAGAAAUUUGAUGCAGAGUACCAGGCCUGUCGGAAGCAGCAGGAUGACAGCAGCUAG